AUGGCCAAUAAGAGUCCUGUACUUCAAGAGCAUCGAGCUUCGACAAAUGGUGAAUCAUUGAAUGUCGUAAAACAAGAAAGUCAGCCUGAUGACCAACGACCACCUCCAUUUUGGUCAAUAUCGGGUCUUCGUACUCGUUGGGCUGAUGCGCAGUUUCGCAAAAUGCUGUGGAAUAUCUUUCUACUAGCAUGGUCAUGGAGUCUCGGUGAAGGUGUAUUUUUCAUUCAAAUAAGCACAACUACGCUGGCCGCCACAAGCUUUGCGAAUUGGUACUUAGCGACGAUUCCAAUUGGUUCUAUGCUUUUGGUAGGCACUGUAUGGUCUGUAUUUUUGCCGCGCGCCGUGGCACGAUAUGGGUAUCGGCCACCACUUUACUUAGGAGCCUUAAUGGGAAUGACAGGGGCAGGAAUUUGCAUUUUGGGCACAUGGUAUAGACUUUACUGGCUAUUGUUAAUAGGAGCUGCGGUUCUAGGUGGACAAGUGCCAUGUACGCUAUACUAUCGUCUCGUAGCAUUGCAGUUUUCGACACCAGAAUUUGCACCAAAAGCAAUUGCAAUGGUCAUUGCCGGCGGUUGCCUUUCUUCUAUUAUCGGACCGGAGAUCGCCAAAUAUACUGUCAAUGCAUUACCAAAACCUUUCAGUGGCGCUUAUUUAACAACAUUGUGUGAGUGUACGCUACUCUUAUUCACUUUGACAAUGAUUCAAUUUACUGAGAUACAGAAUGUUGACUACAGGCCAGUUCCGACUUCUUUAGCACAAACUGCAAGUAGUAUUAGUAACUGUGGUCGUUCAAUAUAUGUCAUAGCGACUCAACGAACAUUUCUCGUUGCCGCUCUCGGCGGAUUUGUAUCGUGGUCAGCAAUGGCUAUUCAAAUGUCAGCGACACCAUUGGCGAUGACUGCUGCUGGAUACAGUUUCACUCAAGUGACAACAGCAGUUGAGUGUCAUCUUUUGGGCAUGUUUGUACCGUCAUUUAUCAGUGGAAGUCUGUGUAGUUGGUUUGGAAGUCGAGUGAUUAUGCUAACUGGAAUGAUUAUUCAAUUAACAGGAACUUUGCUGUUUCAACGAGGCUUUGAAGUUUCCCAUUUUAAUUUGGGUCUUCUUAUAAUUGGUGUCGGAUGGAAUUUAGGCUAUGUAGGAGCGUCAGCACUGUUGACACAAGCCCAUAGACCAGAAGAGAAAACAAAAACACAUUCAUUGUACGAAGCCAUAGUUAUGUUCAGCAUAUCGAUUUCAUUCUUUUCAUCAGCAUUUGUAGAGCAAUUUUUUGGGUGGAUGUUUCUAACGGGUAGGUUAAUAAGUACCUAUCUCGUUGCAGUUACGUUGAUUUUAGCGGUCGAUACAGCAUAUGUAUUUUAUAAAACGGGAAAUUUACGAGCAGAACUACCAAUUGCCGAUGCUGCUAUAGAAGUGCCUGCGUGA